AUGAUUGAUCCGCGCUUCGCUAAUGCUGGCGCUCUUCCUCUUGUACCUGGCUUUGGUACGCAACAAGUACCCAUGCAGUAUCAUCAACAACCUCAACCUCAACGUCAUCAUCGUCAUCAUAAGAAUAAAGCUCGAAAGGACGAAUCACCAGUUAGCCGCGAUGAGUCAAUACAUAAAGUAGAUCAUGGUCAACCUAAUUUCCUACAGAAUAAUGAUAUGCCUCUUGGUAGUGGUUACGGUGUCCCGUAUGGUGUCACCGGUUUUGGAGCUAGUGGCGCAGCUGGCUUUCAUCAGCAACAACAAUUUAGUGGUGGUAAUUUUGGAUAUACCAAUCAGUAUCAAACUGGCCCUUAUGGUCAAGUUCCUCAAUUUGGUGGCCCUGUAGGUCAACCAGUUAAGCAGCAUCGACGUCAUCAUCGACAUCGUCGCCAAGAAAAGCCCGAAGAAACAAAUAAUGCUCACGAAGGUGAUCAAGAACAAGGAGUUCCUGAGCAAUUGAUUGGUCAACGUUCAACAAGUGCCAUGAGCAAUGAAGGACCAAAAACACGUUCACCAGCACCAGACGCUGAAAGUGAAGUUGCUGGUGCACCAGCUCCUCAAAGUAAAAAUCGGCGUCAUCGUCAUCGCCAACAAAAUGUUGAACAAACUAAUUUUGGACAAGCGCAUCAAUCACGUCAGAAAAAAUGUCAUACUUUAGCUGGUGCUGAUGGUUAUGGUCAUAUUAACGAUGAUUUGAUCUUUAUUGAACGUGGCGAUCAUAGCCCACAUCGACAAGAACCACCCCCAGGUUUUGAAUAUAAGGGCACAAUUGAAGUUCAAGGCAUUGAUAAAGAAUAUCGUUCACGAUCUCGUGGUUCGGCUGCAGCUCUUCAACCAUCUGUUCCAGUAGUUCAAUCAUCUAUUCCAAUUUCUCAACCUGCCGUGCCAACCCCAAGCAUGGGUCCUUGUCCACCUGGAUGGCAACAAAUGAUGUUGACGGCAGGUUCCUGUGGACCAUGCCCAUCUGGUGGACUGCCAUACACUGGACAUACGAUUGGUGCUAUGGGUGGUACUCAACCAGGAUUUGGUAGUUUUGGUGGAGUUGGUUCUUUUGGAUUAACUGGUGCUGGCAAUGGAUUUGGUAAUUUCGGACCAGGCCUCGGCGGUGGAUUUGGUAAUUUCGGAGCAGGUGCUUCUUUUCCAUCACAAUGUCAGUUUGUCGCUGAUUAUAUUUUUGGAUCCAAUACUGGUGCUACUAGUACUCCAGGUGGAGCUGGAUUUACAAAUGGAUAUCAAAGAACAGGUGGCACUGGUGUUACAGAACAAUUUAAAAAUGAACAAGUAGAAGAACAUGCUUCUGAUCGUCCAACGAUUAUUGAAGUGUGGCAAAGGCGAUCAAAAUCUGUAAAACAUACGUCAUCACGUCCAACAUCUCCGCACCGAUCUCCAUCACAACCUGGACACGGCUCACAUAGUCCAACAACAGGCCCAUCAUUUGAUUUCGAACGAUUUCGUAAAGAUAUUCUUAAUGCUAUCGAACGUAUGGCACCACGUGGAGGAUCAGGCUUUACUGAUACGCAACCAACUGGUCGUGAUGGUGGCACACAAACUCAAAUUCCUCCAACUCCAGAUGAACCUCCAAUACGUCACGGAAAAUCCCAACAACCUAACACUGGCGAAGUUCGAGUCAUUGUACAACCAAUACAGCCUGUCUUUUACAUGCCUCGACAAACUGAGGGCACAGCACCACAACAACACUUCGGUGGUGGUUUUGUUGGUCCUGCUCCUGCCAUCCAACAGCAAACAUCAACUGGCGCAGCUAAUAUUAUUUACAUUCCACGUAAUGUUUACGUGCCUGUCGUUAAGCCUGUUUUUGUUCCACGUGAACGUGUCAUCGUACGUCCCCAAGUAAUACAUGUAGCUCGACCAGUACUUGUCGAUCGACCCGUGCCGGUUACACAACGACCAAUCAUAAUUGAUCGUGAACGACCUGUUCCUGUACCCGUUCGUGGUGCUGGUCAAGAAGCAGCAUCAACUGGUGGUUCAAAAAUUAUUCGAGAAGAAUAUGUUUAUCGAGAUAAUUUACCCGUUGCGUAUGGAGGUCGUUUUCCUGAAUUUGCUGGUGGCGUUAAUUAUGGUUAUAUGCCCACAGAACAAGAACAUCAAUAUGCAUCUAGUUCAACACACGAAACAUCGAAUAUCUAUCAAACACAAGCACCCGUUAUUAAUGUAAAUGUUCCGAAUCAAUUUCAACAUAGUCAAUCGGUUUCUCAAUUUGAAGGACAACAAGGUAUUAAUGAAAAUUUUCACGGAUCAUAUGCAAAUUUAGCUGCAACCGAAAGCUCAUAUCCUGCUGCUAUUAAUAAUGAUUAUUUAGCUACACAACAAGAACAACAAUACGCAAAUACUUCAACACAUGAAACAGGAAACAUGUAUCAAACAGAAGGACCAGUUAUUAAUGUGAAUGUUCAAAAUCAAUAUCAACACAGCCAAUCCGCUUCUCAUCUUACAGGACAAGACGCUACUUGUCAGACAUUUGAAGGAUCAUAUUCAGAUUUAGUUGGAUCAAGCAAUGGAAUGCCUCUUAAUGUUGAUCAACGUAAUCAAGAUGUUUUUCGACAAGUACUUGACCAAUCAGCUCAAAUAUCAGGUGUACCUCUUCAUGGCCCAACACAAAUCGAAGUGCUCGAUACAGCUGUUAAUCCUUCUUGGCAAAAAACUGAUCAAUCAGCAUUAAUGCGUCGCUAUGGUCGUCCAGCAUUUGAAAUCGUUCAUAAAAGUGAAGAAAUUGAACAACAAAUGUACAAUGAACUUCGUCAACGAACGAGUAGUACUGGUAUCGUAAGAUCUUCUUCAACAGCUAGCUAUGCCUCAGGUUCCGGUAUAGGUGCUGGUGGUAUGGUUCAAUAUUAA